CUACAAACCGCGCGCAAAGUAGGCUACUCUGCUGGAGCUGCGCGUGUAUAGUUACACAGUAUAUUUAGGAGAAGGGCAUUGUGUUGAUAUCUUCUUCUGUUUUUGAUUGUUAACGAGAAAGAAGUCGCACAAUGUGGAUUCAGGUGCGCACCAUGGAUGGCCGGGAGACUCGCCGUAUCGACUCCCUGUCUAAGUUAACAAAAGUGGAGGAUCUUAGAGCACAAAUACAGGAAGCAUUUGGGGUAGAGUUGGAGAGACAGCGCCUUUUCUACCGUGGCAAGCAGAUGGAGGAUGGCCAUACACUCUUUGAUUAUAGUGUAGGCUUGAAUGAUAUUGUUCAGUUGAUGGUGCGCCAGAUUCCCGGUAAACUGCCUACAAAGGACAAGGAUUGUGAACUUUCAGAUACAGAUUCUGGUUGUGGGUCAGGCCAAAGUGAAACUGAUAAAAACUCAAAUCAUGGGGAGAAAUCUGUGGAAUUGGAAAGUGUUUCUGUUUCAGAGCCCUCUACAGAGCCAGCUGUUGGCUUGUAUAAGAUAAAUGAUUUUGUGGAUGCUCGUGACCUUAACAUGGGUGCAUGGUUUGAGGCACAGGUAGUAAAUGUGACCAGACAGACGAAAACACAGCCUAGUGAACCAGAAACAACUUUAGAUGUAGUAUAUCAUGUCAAAUACGAAGACUACCCUGAAAAUGGAGUCGUACAGUUAACAUCUAAGGAUGUGCGUUCCCGUGCCAGGACUAUUUUAAAGUGGCGUGAUCUAACUGUUGGCCAGGUAGUAAUGGUAAAUUACAAUCCAGAUGAUCCCAAGGAGAGAGGUUACUGGUAUGAUGCAGAAAUCAUAAGGAAACGAGACACUAGAACUAUCAAGGAGAUCUAUGCAAAAGUUUUGCUUGGGGAUGCUGGUGACUCUCUCAGUGAUUGCAAGAUUGUGUUUGUGGAUGAAAUCUACAAUAUUGAAGAGCCAGGAAGUCUUCCCCAGGGUUCAUCUGAGAGUCCUCAAAAAAGACAAAACGGGCCAGUGUGUAAACACUGCAAGGACAAUCCAAAGAAAACUUGUCGCAUGUGUGCAUGUCAUGUGUGCGGUGGGAAACAGGAUCCUGACAAACAGCUUAUGUGUGACGAGUGUGAUAUGGCAUUUCAUAUAUAUUGUCUAAAUCCUCCAUUGUCAAGCAUUCCUGAUGAGGAUGACUGGUAUUGCCCAGAAUGUCGCAUAGAUACCAGUGAAGUGGUCUUAGCUGGUGAGAAACUGAAGGAAAGCAAAAAAAAAUCUAAGAUGGCCUCUGCAAACUCCUCUUCUCAAAGAGACUGGGGAAAGGGAAUGGCAUGUGUGGGACGGACAAGAGAAUGCACAAUUGUUCCCUCAAACCAUUAUGGACCAGUUCCCGGAGUACCUGUUGGCACAAUGUGGAAAUUUAGAGUACAGGUAAGCGAGUCUGGUGUACACAGACCACAUGUUGCUGGCAUACAUGGGCGAAGUAAUGAUGGGUCCUUCUCACUAGUACUAGCAGGUGGCUAUGAGGAUGAUGUGGAUAAUGGGAAUGAGUUCACUUACACUGGCAGUGGAGGCAGAGACCUGUCUGGUAACAAGCGAACAGCUGAACAAUCAUGUGACCAGAAACUCACAAACAUGAACAGGGCUCUGGCUCUGAACUGUAGUGCUCCCAUUAAUGACAAACAAGGGUCUGUUGCUAAGGACUGGCGAGCGGGCAAACCAGUGCGGGUGGUACGAAAUGCAAAGGGAAGAAAGCACAGCAAAUAUGCCCCAGAAGAAGGGAAUCGUUAUGAUGGAAUCUAUAAGGUUGUGAAGUACUGGCCUGAGAAAGGAAAGUCUGGAUUCUUAGUUUGGCGAUACCUGCUAAGAAGAGAUGAUGAUGAACCUGCACCGUGGACCAAGGACGGUAAAGAGCGGAUGAAGAAGUUGGGACUAACCAUGCAGUAUCCAGAGGGUUAUUUGGAAUCCUUGGCCAGUAAGGAACGAGAGAAGGAAAACCAGUCUGAGGAUGAGCUAGAAACUCCUAGCAAAGGAAAAAGGAAGCGGAAAUCAGAUAAAUCAGAAAUUUCUGUGUCCAAUGGAACGCCAAAGAAAACAAAAAUAGAAUCCUACAAACUGAGCCAGGAGCAGAAAUCCCUAAUUAAGUCUGAUGUGGCAAAUUCUAAGUUGUGGGGUGAUGUGAUGGAAUUCUUAAAAGAAGGACCUAAAUUCUUAGCCAAAGUUGAAGAAACUUUCCUGUGCAUAUGUUGUCAAGAAGUGGUGUACGAACCAAUAACUACAGAGUGCCUGCAUAACAUCUGCAAGUGUUGUCUGGACCGUUCCUUUAAAGCCGAUGUAUACAGCUGCCCAGCCUGCCGACAUGACCUUGGCAAAAAUUAUUCAAUGAAUAUAAACAAGUCUCUGCAAUCAAUUCUUACUCAGCUGUUCCCUGGUUAUGAGCGAGGCAGAUGAUUGUAACAUUGGUGGUUUAGUGUCUUAUGUAAUGAUAUAAGAGCAAAGCAUUUAUAAAAUAUUCUAUGCCCUGUGUUAUGAGUUGUACAACUUAAUUUUUUUCCCUAACCUUGUCAUUUGUAAAGAUGUAUUAUCUUAUUGUGGAUUGCUUGUGCUCUUACGGUCAACAGGUUUUCCUACUGUACAUCAGUUAACUUAGAAUCCAUACUAGUCUGAUAUACACAGCAGAUAGUUAACGUUUGUCAAAACCAGAAUGCUAUCCUAGUUGUCAAAUAGGCAGUUCUCCAACUUUUUAAAAUGCGUUUGUUUAUUUUUUUGGGGGGGGGGUUAAUAUAUAUGAAAUGCAACCCAGGAUAAGUCUUUCUAUUAAAGAUUGUAAUUCAAAAUCAAACUGAUCAAUUUAACAUGUACAUUUUUUUUAUUUUUUGUUUGUAAAUUCCAGUCUUGACAGUGUUUAAUGCUUUGCUUGUAUAAAUUAUAUUGUGUAAUUUUUCUCAAGCAUUUACUCACAUUUGUAACUGUUUAAGUAGAGCUGUAAAAUGAAAUUUUUAUUCAGUGCCAUUUUGCCUAUAAAUAAAUCUAAUUUUUUUUU